AUGGCUGACAAGAUAGUAGGGUGUUUUGUCGUGUGCUUCGCCGCCUCCUUCAGUGUGGCAGCUGCAAGUUAUAGGAGCGAUGGGGGAUUCCUGCCUAGCACAGCCUACCAGCCCACUGAGGAUCAGCUAGCAGAGCCGUCUGCUAGAGUUGACAAAGGAAGCAGGGAGGACAGAGACAGCCAGCCGGACAGGACACAAAGAUUCGGGAUUUCGUCCUUUGGAAGUACGGGGUCACCAUACGGUGGCACGGCGCCGGGGCUCUACGGGCCCGUGAAAAUCGACUUGGGCGGAGUUCUGCUCGGCUCAAUAUUGGGUUUUGGGGCGGUAAUCAUCCUACCGAAGAUUAUACAUGCAUUCUCCUAUAGCUACGGCGGUGGUUAUGGUAGAAGUACGGAGACGGACUUCUCGAUGUCGGACAUGUUCAGCAAGCUGGACAACACAUUGAGCAGAUAUAACAUCGACUCGGCCGCCUGCAUGCAGCGGCUCGCCUGCUCCUACGUACAGCUGGCCAAUGACAACUUGGCAACUGGCAACGCGACGGAGCUCGACGCGUUACUGGCAUCACUUUCCAACAACUCUCUGGUGCGCCGAAUGAUGGACGGCACGUCGAUGCUCGAAGCAAUGUCUGCCGGGAGGUCGUCGGACACAGACUGUCAGGUUCUGUACCCAAAGUGUAAGUUGGACAAGAAGACGGUUGUUAAAAUUAUGUCACAACUGGUACCAUCA